UUAAAGCUUUAUGAAAUUAUGAAGGCACUCAUCCCAAAAACCCGUGGUGCUAUUAUUUAUGCUGUUUAUAAUACACUUAAACACCUUCAUCAAACUGGUUCUUUCACACCAAAAAAACAAACUGGCCGCCCACCACUCCUUAAUACACCAUUUCAACAAGAGCUUAAAGCUUUUGUUCAAGAAAAUAGUGAAAAUCGUCGGCUUUGUGCAAAAAAACUUUCAACUGUUUGGACAUCUUGUUUAAAAAACCCCAUUUCUGCAUUUACUAUACGUC